AUGUCUGUAUCCAUCUCGGGACCCUCUCCCGAUUCACCCGGCGAAGGCAAGCUCAUCUCCCCCUACACCAUCAAGGACAUGGCUCUAUUACACCACUGGACAUGGUCGACGAGCCAAAGUGUUGCCGACUUCCCCGAUGUGAGCCGCUACUGGCAAACCGUGUUUCCACAGAUUGCGUUUGAGCACACUUUCGUCAUGCACGCCAUUCUCAGCUUGGCGGCUUUGCAUCAGGCAUACCUUUACCCGGAAAGAAGGAAGCAGCUGACAAUGGAGGCUAUGCGGUAUCAUAACCAGGCAAUACACGGCUUCCAGCGCGGCAUUGAGCAUAUGAAUGAUGACAAUAGUGAUGCGCUGUUCGCGUGGUCCUCGUUAAACAUCAUUUACGUGUUUGCCACGUAUGGGCAACUUUAUGACGACGUGGAACUCGAUAUGGCCCCAGCAGCCCGAAAAUCACGAAUACUAGGCGCGGAGUGGCUUCCAAUGGUACGUGGCGUUGAAGCCAUUCUACAUCCCGUGUAUCAGCGCGUCCGACUCGGACCAUUGAGUUCGCUAUUGAGCACUGGAAAUUGGGAUCACCUAGAACCGGACUCCGAGCGUGUAGCGGAUGAUGAGCGCUUCCGCAGCCUUGGAAGCAUAUGGGCAGAUAGUGGCGAUCACGAAAUCUAUGACAAGACGUUAUUUCUUCUCAGAAAAUCUCUAGCAUAUAUGAAACAGUUCGAAACUAUGAAUGCCGAGACCGCCGGGAGCUUGACUUAUAACAGGAGAUUGUCUGGGCCUCUUGUCUGGAUGUUAACCACACCUGGGGAAUAUUUUCAGCAAUUACAUCAACGGCAACCACAUGCGAUGCUGCUCUUUGCUUAUUUUGGUGUGGUAAUUCAUAGCUUGAAUGGUUACUGGUUUUUUGAGGGAUGGGGAAGGAAUAUCGUAGAAGUAGUUGAUGAACUAUUGGGGGAGUACUGGAAACCUUGGACAGAAUGGCCAAAACGGGUGGUAGCUCUUUCAUAG